UUGAAAGACAGGGUGGUUAUCUUCAGGCAACAAGGCUCUCUACAUCAGCAACCAUAUGUUUUUUUCCUCCUGCCCUUCCCUCUUCUGGGAAAUGGUGAUGUUGUAGAUGUAUUCUGUGGGUCUAGAAUGAGUAUAACACUUCACAUUAAACUUGUGUUCCUUUCCCUCCCAAUUGAAUGUCUGGAAAGGCCCCAAGUCUUUAGGAACAUUGCCUCAAGCUUGCCUUGCUUAGAAAAUGAUGAUCACUUUUCAGUUGUGCAUUUUUCUAUUUCAGGUUCCAUUUUAGCUGUGCAGAAUUCUUGUAAUGCAGAGAAUAGCAAAAAUGGCUCAAGCAGCUAUGGCAGCAGCAUCUGGCCAUGAUGAGGACUCCUCUGAAAGCAGAAUGGUUGUUACAUUUCUCAUGUCAGCCCUUGAGUCAAUGUGCAAAGAACUUGCAAAGUCCAAGGCAGAAGUUGCCUGCAUUGCUGUGUAUGAAACAGAUGUGUUUGUGGUGGGAACCGAAAGAGGAAGAGCCUUUGUCAAUACGAGAAAAGAUUUCCAGAAAGAUUUUGUGAAGUACUGUGUUAAUGAAGAGGCAAAAGCUGCAGAACUGCAGAAAAUAAAGUCAACUUCACUUGAUAAUAGGAUGACAGUGGAUAUUGUGGAAAUGGAAGCCCUCAGGAAGUCUGUGGAGGAUUAUUUCUGCAUUUGUUAUGGCAAAGCUUUAGGAAAAUCAACUGUAGUUCCUGUGCCGUAUGAUAAGAUUCAGAGGGACCCGUCUGCUGUGAUGGUGCACGGCCUCCCAGAAGGACUUGCGUUUAAACAUCCUACCAACUACGACGUCACAACGCUGAAGUGGAUUCUGGAAAACAAAUCUGGCAUCUCGUUUGUUAUCAAAAGGCCUUUCCUUGAGCCAAAGAAACAUUUAGGACCUCGUAUGGCAGACUCCUCGCACACCGUAACAUCCCCAGGUGGAAGCUGCUCUUCCAUCCAGGUGAAGACUGAGCCCAAUGAAGAUUCUGGACUCGAGAUGGUAACAAUUAAAGAAGAAUCAGAGGAUCCUGAAUAUUAUCAGUUUAACAUUCCAGCAGGUCCUUCAGAAACUUCGGCGAUUGAUGAGAAAAUCGCCCUGGCAAAGUCUUACACAGGGAGCACCCAGGGUUCCGAUUGCAGUGAAGGAACAGAUGUGGAAUUGCCAGUAGAAGAUUCUUCUCAACAUGCCACUUCUGAAACAAGUGAGGAUCCUGAAGUGGAAGUGACCAUUGAAGACGACGAUGACUACUUGCCGCCCCACAAGAAAUCAAAGAGCAUCGAACCAGCCAAUGACGCUGCUAAUGCCGGAAGAAGAAAAGCAAGAGAGUUCAAUUUUGAGAAGUGGAAUGCCCGAAUUACAGACUUGAGAAAGCAAGUUGAAGAGUUAUUUGAAAGAAAAUAUGCCGAAGCGAUUAAUGCAAAAGGGCCAGUAUCUAUCCCGUAUCCGCUUUUCCAGUCCCAUGUUGAAGAUUUGUAUGUGGAAGGACUACCAGAAGGCAUUCCCUUCCGGAGACCCUCCACUUAUGGGAUCCCUCGCCUCGAAAGGAUCCUGUUGGCAAAGGAACGGAUACGAUUUGUGAUUAAGAAGCACGAGCUGCUAAAUUCAACGCGAGAAGAUCUGCCGUUAGACAAGCCUGUUGCAGGAGUGAAAGAAGAGUGGUAUGCCCGAAUCACGAAACUAAGGAAGAUGGUAGACCAGUUAUUCUGCAGGAAAUUUGCUGAGGCGUUGGGGAGCUCUGAACCGAAGGCUGUCCCUUAUCAGAAAUUUGAGGCACACCCCACCGACCUGUACGUGGAGGGCCUGCCAGAGAACAUUCCAUUUCGGAGUCCGUCCUGGUAUGGAAUUCCUCGGCUGGAGAAAAUUCUUCAAGUGGGCAACAGGAUAAAAUUUGUAAUAAAAAAGCCAGAACUACUAACGAUCACUCCCACGGAGGUUACUCAACCAAGAACAAACAUGCCAGUCAAGGAAGAUUGGAAUGUCAGAAUCACAAAACUGAGGAAGCAAGUCGAAGAGAUAUUUAAUCUGAAAUUUGGACAAGCGCUGGGUCUCAGUGAAGCAGUGAAGGUUCCUUAUCCCAUAUUUGAGUCAAACCCCGAGCAUUUGUAUGUAGAAGGCUUGCCUGAAGGCAUCCCCUUUCGAAGCCCCACAUGGUUUGGAAUCCCGCGCCUGGAAAGGAUUGUCCGUGGGAGUGGAAAAAUCAAAUUUAUUGUAAAGAAGCCAGACCUUGUCACCUCUUAUUUGCCUCCGGGAUUGGCUAGUAAAGUGAAUACUUCAGGAUCCCAGAGUCCAAACAGCUCAAACUCUGCACGAAGCCCUGUGAGCAACUCCAAGGUUCCAGAGAUUGAAGUAACCGUGGAUGAAGGUCUCGCUAAUAAGACAACAACCCCAGAAGUCAGAACGAAUCCUCAAACCAAUGGGUCCAAUGUGGGUUUUAAGCCAAGAGGAAGAGAGUUUUCAUUUGAGGCCUGGAAUGCCAAGAUCACUGACCUGAAACAAAAAGUUGAAAACCUUUUUAAUGAGAAAUGUGGGGAAGCUCUCGGACUGACGGAGCCUGUGAAAGUUCCUUUUGCGCUCUUUGAGUCUUACCCUGAAGAUUUCUACGUCGAAGGCCUUCCCGAGGGAGUGCCGUUCCGCCGCCCCUCUACGUUCGGCAUUCCAAGAUUGGAAAAGAUCCUCCGAAACAAAGCUAAGAUAAAAUUUAUCAUUAAAAAGCCUGAGAUGUUCGAGGCUGCAAUUAAAGAAAGCGCGAGUGCUCUUCCAAGCCCUCAAAGAAGAACCAGUCUAUCAAACACAGUAGUAAACACUGUAACUGUUCCUGACCCAGUGGUAAAUACAGCAGCCGGAGUGGAGGACCUUAACAUCAUUCAAGUGACCAUACCAGAUGACGACGAGAGAACUUCCAAAGUGGAGAAGGCCCGACAGCUGCGAGAACAAGUGAAUGACCUGUUCAGUCGGAAGUUCGGGGAAGCCAUUGGCAUGGGGUGUCCUGUGAAAGUCCCUUACCGAAAAAUCACCGUCAAUCCUGGCUGCGUGGUGGUGGAUGGGAUGCCGCCCGGCGUGUCUUUCAAAGCUCCCAGCUAUCUUGAAAUCAGUUCCAUGAGGAAAAUUUUGGAUUCAGCAGAGUUUAUUAAAUUUACCGUCAUUAGACCAUUCCCUGGACUUGUAAUGAACAACCAAAUUGUUGAGAAAGCAGAACCGGAAGCACCAGCACCGGCUGUACCAGUCCCUGAGCCGGUGGUACAAGAGCCGGUUGAAGCAGACCAAAUAGUACAAGUAUCUGUGGAGGAAGAUUCAGCACAGACCGAAGAAAACACUCAAAUAAAACAAGAGCCAGAUCCAACGUGGUAGACCUCGCCGGCAUUAGGUCAAAAGCAUCCAGGAUUGCGAAGAGUUUGCUGGAAAGACCUGGGCUGUGUAAUAUAACUGUAUAAGAGAAGUACCUUUUAUCCACCUUUCCCAUACCUGCCCUUCUCUCUCUCCUUUUUUUUUUUUUUUUUUUGGUACUUUUUAGAUAGAAAUGUCUAUUCUGUUCAAAAGUCCUGAGAAUUGUCAUGAAGCCGUGAGACAUUUUCACAAUGACUUAUAUUAUUUCAAAGACCUAAUGGGAGGAUGAAAUGCUGGACACUUGACUUAUGAUUGUUAGCUUUUGUUUUUCUUGAUUAAAAUCAACAGGGACUUGCAAAAAUAAUAAUAAUAAAAAAAUACCUGCCUAUCCAAGUAAAACAGCCCCUAGAUGCAACUUGGCCUUUUAUUAAAGAAGAAUGAUGCCUACUGUA